ACUCCCCUUGUGUUCUGCCUUCUUUCCCUCAACAAUCAAUCAAUCAUCUCAGUUCCUGAAAUGUCCAUCGAGCUUGAAUCUGAAUCCAUCUCCACACCAACUGCCCAAGCCCAACAAACUCCUUGCGCCUUGUUUUUACCUUGCUGCUUCGGCCAACGACGUCGUUCCUCAUGGUGGGAGCGCGUUCGCUCCACUUCCUGGUCCCACUCUCAGCCAGCUCCGAACGGCGACCGAUGGUGGUCGCGUGGGCUGAGGGCGCUUAUGAAGCUCCGCGAGUGGUCGGAGAUCGUGGCGGGUCCCAGGUGGAAGACCUUCAUUCGGAGGUUCAAUCGCAACCGCAACUCAAAGCGCAUGGGCAUGGCCAAGUACCAGUAUGACCCCUCCAGUUACGCCCUCAAUUUCGACGAUGGGCAGAAUGGGGAUUUCCACGACGACUCCCCCAUUCGCAAUUUCUCCACGCGCUACGCUGUCGUGAACGCCAAGUCGGUUUCCCCCAAGGCGGUUGACAGCGACGUCGCCGUUUUGGUGUGAGUGGGCAUGUGCCUGCCUUUACGCGCGGUUUGCUUGGUGGCUCAGUGGGUGGUGCCUCUCACUUUUUGGUUUCUUUCGCACUUUCAUUUCCCAUUCUAUCCUUUUCCUACCCGCAAAUUUUAAUUUUUUUUUCUUUUGAUAUAGUAUAAUAGUACAUACGUGGAUAUGGAUCGGAAUGGUUAUUAUUUUGUAUAUACAGUUUUUGAUUCACUGUCAUGGUAUCAUAAUUAAUUCAUGGUUUUGCCAUGGUUGGUGCGGUGGGGAAUAAGAUGGCUUCGCUUGCAUUUCCCGAUUUUCUUUUUUUAUUCAUAAUGGGUAAUAAUGUUUAUGGAUGGGCCUGGGCUGGUGGGGCUUGCUUUUCGAAUUGGCAAUUUGCAAUCAA